GCCGCCGCUGAUACGCUGGGUGGCAGCGCGCACAGUGCGAUGAGCAGUGCUGCCAGCAGGCACGUGAAUGAUCGGAAGAACAUCCUGAGGCGUGCAAUAGCGACUUGGCAACCGCGAGCGCCAGGUGGAUGCGGGGGAGAUGUAGUGGAUGCCGACAGCCCUUGACCACGGAAGGUGCACGAGACCGGCUCGAACCCCUUUGCUUUGCACCUUGCAGCCGAGGGAGAGAAGCUUCAGAGAGGAGCCAAUAUGGGUGGAUGGAGAUUGGGUGUGUGCAACUUAACCGUGUAGAAAGGAAGGAGAUGCUUGUGACAGACAAGCUCGCCGCUCGGCAGAAAGUGUGCCCAUUACGUUGCUUUGUCUCGAGCCCUCGCGCGGAGCAAGCAUCCCUCUCGUGCCCCUUCACUACGUAUGUUUGCACGCUUCCUAGAGUCUCUGGAGGAGCCACACGAGCCUUUGCAGUUGUGCGGUAUGCUGUGCUACGUGACGGAACACCCACAGGUGUCCCAUUGCCCACAAACCACAGUACACCGGCGUUAGGCUUGGGGCCUGCAAGCAGCCGUUUGCUGGCCCAGGAGGCCACAGGAGCAGUGGGGUUUCAGCUUUUCGCCAAAGCUUGAGGCACUGGCUGCGCCCGCUCGCUGAGAAAUCGGCGCAGCCUGCUGUGGAACGGUGGGCAGAGAGACUGGUCCAGAAACCCCUGGAAUUCCAACACGGCCUGCCAUGAACACGGAUCUGGCUUUCAUGAUGCCUGCAAUAUGCUCUUGGGCAGGUCACCUGAUCGGAUGCACUAGCCCUAUGAAACCAUCGCGGGUUGUCCUAGGUCACAAUUCCAACAGUCUUCUACAGUUCAAUCAGAUUGGCCUCACCGCCGCAUCGCCUCUCUCAUCCAACCUCCCUGCUUCAAAAACCACGAAGCGGCAGCAGAAACCACCCUGCUCACGAUUCGCUUCUUUGUGCAGCUGAGAUCACGACAGCUCUUG